CUGUCUCCACAGCUCGUCGGCUCAUUUUUCUCUCGCUCACCGUGCCUUGACCAGCCGAAACCCUCACCACCUCGAAAACGCCGACGCCAGCGAAACGACACAAGUGCGGACUGCAUCACCACCACCACCCAUAAUGGCGCCCCAAAAGGGUGGUCAGGCCAGCAAGCUGACGACUGCGACCGGCAAUGCAAAGCAGCAGCAGCAGCAACCGAAGAAGCAGCCAACCCGCCCUGCUGCACCUGCCGGUCGUCCUACGGUGGUGCCUGCCCUUCCUCUCUCUUACUCGCAACGUCAAGUCAGCAGCAAGCAGCCAACCACCCGAACCGGACCUCUCGUCGUCUCUUCCAAUGGCCCCCAACCUGUCGCUUCUCUGGAGGCCGCUCUGAUUGACCAUCAGUCCGCCGAAAUGCCCAAGAAACAGACGGCCGCGAGAAAGACGGCGAAUGAGGUUAACGGCACACGUGUGGAGAAGCCCGGAUCACCAACCAUGGCGAACGGCCACGGCCACGGUCACGACAGCACCCACAAUAACAGCAACAACAAACAGAAUCAGCAGUAUACGUACGACAACGAAACCCGACGUCUAAAUGGCCACAGCCAUGGCAACGGUGUCAACGGCAUCGCAAACGGCUCCGAACAGCGCCCAGCAGCAUCGACUCAGGCUUCUAACGCCCCGUCCCUCGUUGGCGACGUCGAAUCCACCGUCGGUUCGGCCUCAUUUAACGAGUCGCAGCAAGACCACGACCAAACUUCCCAAGUGACGUCGGCCCCGACUUCGCAACCCCAAUCGGCCACCAUUCCCGCUCACCCGCCAACCGAUUUCGUGCCUCCCCUCAACCCACCCAACGGCCAUGCGCAGUACAUGCACGAGCAUCCCAACCUCCAUGCUACCCACCACGGUCAGAUGCUCCCCAACCGAGUCGGCAAUAAUAUUGUUUUUGGCGGCGGGGGCUUCGACUCUCACACGCCGUCUCCGGCACCUCCCCCGUCGGGUGGUUUUAUGCCGCCUGCGCCCAUGAACGCUCGCAUCAACGGCCAUGCGCACACCGACAGUAAUGGCACCAUCCCUACCCCGUUUCGGUCGGACAUGUUUCCCGCAACCAGCAUGGACGGUUAUGGACAGAUUCCUGCGCCUGUUCCGACUCCACAGAUGCCAAUGCCGUUCGAUGGCUAUCCUCCUAAUAUGAGCCGACACGGCCCUCCUACACCGCACAGCUACCACGGUUCCCAUGCGUCGGGUGAGCGCGGAGAGAGCGGACAUGCUAACUUCCCCCCCUCCAAUGGACAGCAUUACCCAGGCCACGGCCACCAGCCCAGCCAGAUGAACAACUUCCAGCCCUUCAUGAAUCCGCAGCAUUUCGCACGCCGCCCGAGCUUGUUGGAUGAUGAGUUGAUGGACAGCAUUUCAUACCUCCAAGGCCAAUUUGACUCGGCAGAACUAGCCGACUCCACGCUUGAGCUGCACUACGUCGACGGCAGUCACCCCCCGGCUAGGCUUCGUGGACACAAGCUAAUGUUCGCGCGGAGCCCAUUCCUGAGAGACUGCAUCAUACACAUGAGAUCCCACGGCCUCGACAAGAUUGACAACGCCAUUAUGGUCAAUGUGUACGACUCUUACAUCAGAUCCGACGCCUGGUAUAUGGCGGUCCAACGCCUCUAUCUGCACCCGCUUCUGACGGAUCCUCGAGCGGCGAACGGUACCGGCGGUAUGGACUUGGCUGGAGACAACAUGGAUCAAUUCAAGUUUUGCCUUGCCUACGCCGCCGCCGGCCACGUGCUGCUGAUGAAGGAUGUCCUUGUCAGAGGUCUACAGAUUGCUUCCAACAUGAUUAAUUGGAACACCAUCGAGGAGGGCAUGGCCUUUGUCUGGGAUGGCGCCAGGGGUCGUUACGCCGAUCAUAUUGAUCAGGACGGGGACGAGAUGGUAGACAUAGAAUUUCACUACGGCCCGGAGGUUAGGUGGUUCAUGGCCUGCAUGUCGAAUUGGCUGAUCAACUCUUUCCCCCCCGACUUUGAGCUUGAUACGUCCGUCGUCAACACAAGCAAAAUGGUUCGCUUCCCGCCUAUCCCGGCUUCAAACCCGUCACCCGAUGAGAAAAUGGCCCCGGCAAUUGCUCGAGGUACCUCAGUUCGCCACAAGGCCGGCAAGCCAAUCCGACUCUCCAGCAUCAAGUUUGGUGAUCUACCCACGGCGUUCCCUGAAGACGACUCAGCUCCGCCUCGUGAACGGGCGAAGUGCUCGCCGCAGCUCUCGCGAAUCCUUCUCAACCUCCCUUUUGACGACAUGCGUUACGUUCUGACCUCGGAAAGCAACGGGAUUUCUGGGUGGAACACGGCCCAGGAUCGUUACCAUGCGGUGACCGGAGUUGUUGCCGAACGUGAAGCCCGCCGCCUUCGUGCCGUUGAGGCUAUUCGCCAAGGAAGAGUGCCCGACUACAAAGAGAUCCAGCAUAGGCUCUCUUCGCCCAGACGCCACGCCAUCGUCGACUCGUGGGAUUUGCUAAACUGGCAGGAGGAGGUGGUUCAACCUAGCGGGGCUGGCGUGCCGCGAGUUGUCAGAACCUGGGUACCACAGUUCAAAUCACCGUAUGAAUCCGAGGUUCACGCUUCACACCAGCAGGCGGGCGAGUCGAUAGUCUAGAGUCCUCAGAAUGACUCGCCGACUUUGGCUGUGGCUCAGGACACUGAGGAUGCGAUCGAACCCCCACCCGAGAAAAACAUCCGUGGCCCUGUAACAGCGGAAACUAUCAGUUCCCCAACUGAUAAUUCCCCCGCAUCAGACCUACAGGGCACGUCGUCUCCCCAUUUUUCUCAACUGACCUCCGCUGAGAGAGAUGCGGCAGAGACUUUGGGGGAUUUGGCGUUAGGGA